AUGGACACUCCAUCCAUUGCAGAGACCAAGACAGAGCGUGUCACCGGCCGUAGCAACAGCUUCUCCCAGCAGUCACGGGCAUCGGACGACUCUCAAACUGCCGCCGACUUUCUUCGUGAUCAGGAAAUUCUCGAAGCCGAUGCCCGCGAAGCCCUGCCUUACAGCAUCGAGACGUGCACCAAGAUUCUCGGACCGCUGCGACAGAAUGUCUUCGCCUGCCUGACCUGCAACCCUGCGCCGGCCAAAGCUGGAGACGCUUGGACUCCAGCAGGCAUGUGCUACGCGUGCUCCGUGUCAUGUCAUGGCGAGCACACUCUUGUCGAGAUUUUCCAGAAGAGAAACUUCACCUGCGAUUGCGGAACAACGCGCAUCCCGUCUACCAGCCCAUGCACGCUGCGCAUCAAUAGCGAGACGAAUACCAAGGGCAACGUUCACUCCGAAGAGCCGGAUGCAAAUAACAAGUACAACCACAAUUUCAAAAAUCGUUUCUGCGGCUGCGAGUGCGACUAUGAUCCAUUCCAGCAAAAAGGAACCAUGUUCCAAUGCCUUGGGCUUGGAACCCAAGAGACUGGGGGUUGCGGAGAGGACUGGUAUCACCCUGGCUGCCUAGUGGGCAUGGGGCCCAAAUGGUAUGAGCAGAUGAGCAACAGCAAAUCAAAGCUGGCUUCAAGAGAGACCGAGGGCCAUACCAACGGGAGUAUCCUUGAGACAAUCACUGAGAAGGACGAAGGUCAGUCAAACAAUGGCGCAGCUGAAGCCGCCCGUGGUGUCGCCGUCGAAGACGAGGAUGACGAACCGCCGAUGCCUCCCGGAUUUCCAAGCGAAGAUGACUUUGAAGGUUUCCUAUGUUAUAAGUGCUUGGAUGCAAACCCGUGGAUCAAACAGUAUGCAGGAACUUCGGGCUUCCUGCCGGCCAUAUUUCUGGAGCAGCCUGAAGUUGCUGCACCAUCGCCGUCCAAUGAUAGUACGGCUACGGCUGCGUCCAAGAAGCGCAAGGCCGAAGACGACACAGAUGAAGAGCAAUCAUACGCGAAGCGCAUUAAGAGCGAGAGCGAAGCGCCAAUCUCAGAAGACGGAGCCAGGAAAGAUGGCCCGACCUCAUGCAAGCUGCCCAAUCUACCUGCCGCGCCCAAGGGACGCUUCUCUCUCUUCUUUAAAGAGGACUUCCGCGAGAAGCUCUGCCAUUGCUCUGACUGCUACAGCAAACUGAACGCCCACCCCCAGUUACUGGAAGAGGAGGAGGUCUACGAACCCCCUCUGUCAAACGACGGCGCUUCUCAACACGGAGGCUCGACACACGGAAGCGGCAGCUUGCUAGAUCGUGGCGAGAGCGCCUUGCGCAACAUGGAUCGUGUCAGAGCCAUCGAAGGCGUCAUGGCAUACAACCACCUCAAGGAGCAGCUCACGCCAUUUUUCAAGCAGUUUGCGGAAAGCGGCAAGGCCGUUGGCGCUGAGGAUAUCAAGGCAUACUUUGCAAAGCUGCGAGGUGAUGAGCAGGGAAUCAGAGAGGCGGGCGAGGCAGCUGCUUCAUCCAAGAAGAACGGGGAUGAGGAGGGCGAUGGUAGACGAGAGCAGAGUGGGUACUAG